AUGCCGUUCCAUUCCCACCACUCCAACAAUGCGCAGCAGAACUCUCCAGCCGCGGGCAUCUUCCAGGCUGCGCAGGCCUUGGGCGCCAUCGGGGCGCCCACCGGCAACCUCAGAGUUGCAUCGACCGGGCAGACAAACGCAGGGACAGAUGCCUUGAUGCCUGGCAGUGGGAAUGCUCCUGGUGUUCAGUCUCCCACAGGGAAUGCAUCCAGCAGUCAAUCUCAUCUCGUAGGCGGAGGUCAAGCGCCGGCUGCCUCAGCUCCACCACAGUCCAACAGUAGCUCUUACGACCCUCUCCGCCGCGCGCCGACCUUAAGGACCGAAGAAUUGCAUAUUCCAACCUCCUCUCAUACACCGACAACCGCGCAACACCAUCUCCAGCAGCAGCAGCAGCAGCAGCAACAGCAACUCCAUCAGCCGCAGCAUCAGCACCUGCAGCAGGUGUACAAUUCUCCAGACCAGUAUUCCACAGGCUCGGCGCCCAACAUUGGUCUCCACCAAGCUACCCCACAAGCCUCGCAAUACUCCAAUCCACCACCACCUGCCUCCGCCGGCGUCCCUGGCAGUCUACAAGCUGGAAACAACCCUCAGCAACACCUGCAACUGCAGCAGCAACUGCAACAACGGCCGGGCCCCUCUUCUGCAUACACCGCUCCCUCGACCGUCCCUACUGUGCCCCAGAUCAACACCAAUGCCCAGCAAUAUACCCUUCCUACGCGAUCCAACACCAUGAGUCAAUCACAACAUCCCUCCUCGCAUACCUAUUCACGAUCAAGCCCUGCCGGUCUAGGGCCAGAUCAGAAAUACAUUCCUUUCUCGAAUACCCCAGAGAACCCCAACUCGAAAUAUGUCGCCGGCACGCCCGCUCAGAAAUAUUAUCCUGCCGGUGCAGCGUCCAAUUCACCACUCGGCCUUGCCGACAUUCGGCCCCGCGCAAACUCGAACAUGGAAGAGUCGGCCAUGGUCGGAGGACAGUUCUUCAAUGACAGUGAUCGCUCACCGUCCAAUAGCAAUUACCUCGCGCCAUGGCCUGUAUAUGCGUUCGAUUGGUGCAAAUGGAAUGUCCCUCCCGGCAACGGUGCAGGAAAGAUGGCUGUCGGAAGCUACCUCGAAGAUACGCACAAUUUCAUCCAAAUCAUUGAUACCCAGCUUUCCCCCCAAGAUCCAUCCACGCCUGGCGCACCAUCGAUCGGACUCUCCUACGAAAAGAUAGCCGAAGCUACCUGCUCAUACCCAGUGACACGCAUACUUUGGGAGCCUCCGAGUGGCCAGAAGCAAAGCACCGACUUACUUGCAACAAGUGGAGACCACUUGCGGCUCUGGUCAUUGCCGUCGUCUGCUGGCUCGAAUAUCAGCAACACAAUCACUCGAACAUCCUCAGUUAAUACCCGAGAUCCCGCCCCUCAGAAACUCACUCCUCUUGCACUCCUUUCAAACUCCAAAACUCCUGAACAUACCGCACCUCUUACCUCGCUCGAUUGGAACACGAUGUCCCCGAAGCUCAUCAUCACGUCGAGCAUAGACACAACCUGUACUAUAUGGGACAUUCCCACCCUGACAGCCAAGACACAGCUCAUUGCACAUGACAAGGAGGUGUUCGACGUGCGCUUCUGUGCUGGUAGUGUGGACGUUUUCGUUAGCUGUGGUGCGGAUGGCAGUGUCCGCAUGUUUGACCUUCGAAGUCUUGAGCACAGUACUAUCAUCUACGAGCCCUCCGAAAAAUCUCCCAACGACAAAGACAAGGGUAAGGAUACAUGCUCUCCUGGUCGCAUGUCUCCCACCAAGGCCCAGCAGACCAUGACCUAUGCUCCUCCCCUACUUCGCCUGGCCGCAUCUCCACACGACUCUCACCUCUUGGCUACCUUUGCCGCCGACUCCUCUCUCAUUCGUAUUCUCGAUGUUCGACAACCAGGCCAGGCAUUGUUAGAACUCCGAGGCCACUCUGCUUCUGUCAAUUCGAUAGAAUGGAAUCCUUCACGACGUGGCAUGCUUGCAUCCGGCGGAGACGAUUCUCUUGUUCUCGUCUGGGAUCUGCUCCACUCUCAGAACGGCGCGGUUAUCAACAGCGAAACUCCUGGAUCAAUGCAGCCUCAAGCUCAAGUCGCACAGCAGCCAAUCAAUGGUGGUGCCAACCAACCCACUGCUGGCCAAGGAGGAACCGCGAACCAAAAGGGACCUUACGCAAGCUGGAGGUGCGACUACGAGGUUGGUAAUCUAAGCUGGGCACCCCAAAGCGCAUUGACUGGACAAGGGGGAGAGUGGGUUGGUGUUUCUGGCGGCAGAGGCAUCUGGGGUGUGAAAUUAUGA